CGCUCCUGCGGCCGGUCGCAACGACCACGAAGGCGCUACGUAGAUCAAUCAGGCGAGACGCUGCGCUACACAACAGACUUUCUACACCGCUGACGGUGCACAAAGAAAUACUCUGUAGUUAAAAAUCCUCCUCUGGCCUAAGCGCACGGCUACGGAGGGACGCCGUCGCGUCCGUCUUCCCCGCUCGAGCGCUCGUCUCGUCUUCGCCCUCGAUGGGAUACAUCCAGGAGGCCAGAGGAAACCAUGUCAAGAAGAAGGUGGAAGAAGCUUUGCGCAGCAAAAUGAAGCAAAAAGCACUCAAAGAAUGCAACCAUUACUCUGCAAAGUAUGCUGAAUGUGCUGUGGGAAGAACUAUAUCAGUGGUUUGGCAUUGUCGUAAACAAGCAAAAGAGCUAAAUGAAUGCCUUCAUCAAUAUACCAAUGACAGUGUCUUGGAGGAAAUGAAGAAAAAUUACGUGCUUGAACAGGAAAGAAAAGACAGAAGUCAGCUCUAAGCAGCUUAUACAUUUUUGGCAUCCAUUGAAGGUUAACAUAUUAUUUUUUGUAUUGGAACAUUCUGGUGCAUUUUAUGUUUUAGAUAGAAGCCUGGAAAGGACCAUAAUGAUGUAUGUGUUUUCCCAUUUCUUUUCUUAGACUCUGAUUUUAUGGUACCUGUCAUGAGUAUCAUAUAUCAGAGUCAUGCCGAAGUCAACAGGAUCAAGACCGUGUUCAUCAAGAGAACAUGCUAAUGGAUACAAUGAUGUUUACAGCGUCUUGAAAUCCGAGAACAAGACAAAAAAAAAGAGGAAAUGCUGCAAUUAAAUCUCUUUCUAUUUUUUGAGAGUAAAUUAAAUCUCUUAUUGUUUUA